AUGGACGGAGUAGUGUCUGUAUUCCCUAGCACCAAAAAGCAACUCCACACAACGAGGUCAUGGGACUUUAUGGGCUUCCCUCAAGAAGUUAAAAGAACACAAAUUGAGAGCGACAUUAUUGUUGGAAUGUUAGACUCCGGUAUUUGGCCUGAAUCGGAGAGUUUCAGUGACGAAGGGUUUGGCCCUCCUCCAAGCAAAUGGAAAGGCAGCUGCCAAGCCUCCUCAAAUUUUACUUGCAAUAACAGCUGGAGGCGUUGUGAAAGNACAGCAGCUGGAGGCGUUGUGAAAGGGGCAAGUUUGUUAGGUCUUGGCUGGGGAACAGCUCGAGGAGGGGUGCCUUCUUCCCGCAUUGCAGUGUACAAAAUUUGCUGGUCUGAUGGUUGUUCAGAUUCUGAUAUUCUUGCAGCAUUUGAUGAUGCAAUUUCCGAUGGAGUUGAUAUAAUAUCACUUUCAGUAGGAGGGAUUUUUCCUUCAGAUUAUUUUGACGAUCCAAUUGCCAUUGGUGCAUUCCAUUCUAUGAAAAAUGGAAUACUCACAUCAAAUUCUGCUGGUAAUUCUGGACCUGAUCCUGAAAGCAUCUUAAAUUUCUCACCUUGGUCCCUCUCAGUUGCUGCCAAUGUCAUCGACAGGAAAUUUUUGACAGAAGUCUUCUUGGGAAACGGUAAAAGUUACGAGGGGGUUUCUGUAAACACAUUUAAGCUCCAAGAUGAGACGUACUCAUUAGUCUACGGAGGAAAUGUACCUGCACCAGGUUCUGAUGGCUCCGAGUCUAGAUAUUGCUUACCUGGCUCUCUAGAUGCAAAACUGGUAAAUGGAACCAUUGUCUUAUGUGAUUCACUGGGUGAUCAUGGAACACCACAAGUAGGAGCGGGUGCAAUCGGAACUAUAAUGCAAGAUAAUGGAUUCAAAGAUUACGCCUUCUCCUUUCCCUUAUCAGCAUCAUACUUGACAUCCACUGAUGGUACCCAAGUUUUUAAGUAUAUCAACACAACAAGUAACCCAACUGCUACAAUUGCUAAGAGUGUUGAAGCAGUAGAAAAAGCUGCCCCCUUUGUGGUUUCCUUCUCAUCAAGAGGACCAAAUCCAAUAACAAGAGACAUCCUCAAGCCUGAUCUAAGUGCACCUGGCGUGGACAUUGUUGCUGCAUGGUCAGAACUAUCUACAGUUACCGGAUUGGAAGGGGACACUAGAGUUGUUCCGUACAAUAUUAUAUCUGGAACAUCCAUGUCUUGCCCUCACGCCACUGGAGCAGCUGCUUAUGUUAAAUCAUUUAACCCAACCUGGUCUCCUGCCGCUAUUAAGUCUGCUUUGAUGACUACGGCUGCUCCAAUGAGUCCACUUACAAACACGGAUCAGGAGUUUGCAUUUGGAUCGGGUCAUAUAGAUCCAGUGAAGGCUAAGAGUCCUGGUUUGGUAUACGACAUGGGACCAAAUGACUACGUCAAAUUCCUAUGCGGGCAAGGUUACAGCACUAAGAAUUUGAGACUUAUUACUGGAGAUAACAGCACUUGCACUCAAUCUAACAAUGGUACAGUUUGGGACCUAAACUAUCCUUCCUUUGCAUUAUCUACAACUGCUGGCGGUUCUGUCACCCGUGUCUUCCAUCGGACGGUCACAAAUGUUGGUUCGCCAGUAUCUACUUACUCUGCAGUCAUGCUUGCGCCAACCGGGCUCAUGAAUAUUACAGUUUCUCCGUCCGUUCUUUCUUUCAAAUCUGUUGGGCAGAAGCAAACAUUUGUAGUGACAGUUGAGGCAAAAUUGACUUCCAGAAUGCUGUCUGGUGUUUUGGUGUGGCAUGAUGGAAUGUAUACAGUGAGGAGUCCUGUGGUUGCCUAUGCUGCCUAA